AUGAGGCUGAAGGAGGACCUGGAUCUUCAAACUGGACCGGCCAGAACCAGAGAGAGAAGAAGAACCUUCAUUAGUGGGUCAAACGUGGACGUCCACUCUGCUCCUGUUUUCAAUAAUGACGGCGUGGAAAAUUCACAGUCUGGUUCCUCAUGUAGAUUCUGACGGUCUAAUGGUCCAGAAUAAUCACAGAGUGUGUGUGUGUGUGUGUGUGUGUGAGUGUGUGAGUGUGUGAGGGGAACAUUAAAACACACACUGUUCAGAACGGAGCAGAAACACACAGCAAGAACUACAGCUCCCCCAACAGGCAGAGAGCCGUCAUUACAUCUACAACCCAGACCACAGGAGCUGAGGCGGGAGAAGGAGGAGGUGGAGGAGAAGGAGGGGGAGAAAAAGAAGGAUGGAGGAGGAAGAGGAAGAAAAGUAGGAGGAGAAGGAGGAGAAGAAGAGGUGGAGGAAGGAGAGGGAGGGGGAAAGGGAGGAGAAAGAGGAGGAGUAGGAGUAGGAGGAGGAGAACCAGGAGGGGGGGUGGAGGAGAAGAAGAAUAGGAGGAGGAGAAGAAGAAGGAUGAAGGAGGAGGAGGAGGAGGAGAGGGAGGAGGAGGAGGAGGAGAGGAGAGGAGGAAGAGGAGGUGGAGGAUGUAUUGUGAAGAAGAAAACCUCCUCUCUGGUUCUGGUGACGGACCUCCUGGUUCUGAAUCAUGUCCUGGUGGGUCAAACAGCCGACUCAGCAGAAACCUGGUUUUGA